AUGGCGAUGCGGGGUGUUAUGAUGUUGUUUUUUCAGGUGCUGAUCCUCUGCUUCCAGGCGAAGGCUUGGCACGCAGUUAGACGAUCGUUUGAGCUCGAGGAAACGGCACCGCAGGAAAAGAUACAUCUCAUCACGGACUGCAUGCACGUUACGUCGGAGGAGGGCGAAUUUUCGUACGUCAAGCUGCCUCCGGUACGAUCGACGUCAAAGCAUGGCGCCCACUGGAUGGCAUCGGCCGGGGAGGUGGAACUCGCGUCCGCGGAGGGCGCAGCUGCCAGCCAGCUGUCCGACCAGGAGAUCGAACUGGGCGCCCCGGCUGUUUGCGGCGUAUACUUCGUUGCCGAUCCGGACCAAACCAUCGAGGUCACGAUGAAGCAGGUGAAUGUGGAGUGCCGUACCGGUGGUUUGAUGGCAUUCGUCGACGGCUGGGAGCUGAAUGGGCAAUAUUUCCCCGGUGAGCGCGACCACGAAAAACCGCUCGAACAGCGCGUGCAGGAGUUCUGCGCCGAGCAGACCGGUGGCCCGUGGCCCGUCAAGGGUGGUGCGGCCGCCUCGCAUGCGUGGGUGUUCCGAUCGAGCCAGAACGCGGCCCUGGUGCAAUAUCGCAUACCGGAGCGUGGUUCGUUCGUACUGACGGCACGAUUCCAUUACAACCCAAAACCUUGCAAUAUUAUGGCGGAAGGUUUGGCACCGUACUAUAUGUUGCGUAACUACGGACAGCGAAGAAAUUGCACACUGACUGCACUGUUUCCAGCCGUCGUCUCCGUCAUCGCCCUGGAAGUGGGAGAAACCAACGAGAGUGUCCGUUACUGUGAACGCGUCCGGGCGGAGGAUAAGCUUGAGAUCGGUGGUUCGGUUGGUCUGGACCCUACCCGUCAGCUGGCACGUGCGAGCACUAUCUGUGGCCGUAGCCGUGGCCGGAUGGACCUGGACCAGACGAUCCUGUGCGGUACCACCUCGGUCCGGUUGAUCUCGAGCGGACGGUACAACAAUCAGGCAAUGGUGACGAUGCGCAUGGCCGAUGAAUCAGACCUCCGGUUGGCGGCGGUGAUCUGCGAGAUGUAA